CUAACUGGAUUUGAUUUGUAAGAGGGCAAUCUACAGUCAAUGGCCACUCUUGUCACAUUGCUACUAUGGAAAACAGAAUGGUCAAUAGGAUAUGGUCUGAUAAAUAGUGAUGAUUGAAGAUGCUACUUCAAUACAUGUGAAAUCAAUGGGAGAUACUGGAUGCAUAAAGAGCUUUCUGAGCUUUUCUUGACAAGCUUGCCUUGAAGAAGUUGGAGGUGCGUUCUACCAUUAUCCAGUCUUUCUAAAGCGGAUACAAAUACCUUUGCCUCACUGUAACCAGACAACUACACAACUAAUGUGGGACCAUGGCACUGCCCAGAUGCAUGUGGCCAAAUUAUGUGUGGAGAGCAGUAAUGGCAUGCUUGGUACACAGGGGAUUGGGUGCCUCAUUGACUCUCUGUGUGUUGGGAUGUUUACUUCAGGCUGCCCAUGUGCUUUCACAAAAAUUGGAUGAUGCAGACCCACUGGUCACUACCAACUUCGGCAAGAUAAGAGGGAUGAAGAAAGAACUCAAUAAUGAAAUUUUGGGGCCUGUUAUUCAGUUUCUUGGGGUUCCAUAUGCAGCCCCACCAACAGGGGAACAUCGUUUUCAGCCUCCAGAACCACCAUCUCCCUGGUCAGAUAUCAGGAAUGCAACUCAGUUUGCUCCUGUGUGUCCCCAGAAUAUCAUUGAUGGCAGAUUGCCAGAAGUCAUGCUUCCUGUGUGGUUUACUAAUAACUUGGAUGUGGUUUCGUCAUAUGUGCAAGACCAGAGUGAAGACUGCCUAUAUUUAAACAUAUACGUUCCGACUGAGGAUGUAAAAAGAAUAUCCAAGGAAUGUGCCAGAAAACCCGGCAAGAAAAUAUGUAGAAAAGGAGGUCCCCUUACAAAGAAACAGACAGAUGAUUUAGGUGAUAAUGACGGUGCUGAAGAUGAAGAUAUUCGGGACAGUGGGGGUCCCAAACCAGUGAUGGUGUAUAUCCAUGGAGGCUCAUAUAUGGAAGGUACUGGAAAUUUAUAUGAUGGGAGUGUCUUGGCAAGUUAUGGCAAUGUGAUCGUCAUCACAGUCAACUAUCGACUUGGGGUACUUGGUUUCUUAAGCACAGGGGAUCAGGCUGCAAAAGGAAACUAUGGACUCCUUGACCUCAUACAGGCUUUAAGAUGGACUAGUGAGAACAUUGGAUUCUUUGGUGGUGACCCCUUAAGAAUCACUGUUUUUGGAUCUGGCGCUGGGGGUUCAUGUGUCAAUCUGCUGACUUUAUCCCAUUAUUCUGAAGGACUUUUUCAACGAGCAAUAGCUCAAAGUGGAACAGCCCUUUCCAGCUGGGCUGUUAGUUUCCAACCUGCAAAAUAUGCUAGAAUGUUGGCCACAAAAGUUGGUUGCAAUGUUUCAGAUACAGUAGAGUUAGUGGAAUGCCUACAGAAGAAGCCUUACAAAGAACUUGUUGACCAAGAUAUUCAACCAGCACGAUACCACAUAGCCUUUGGACCUGUGAUUGAUGGUGAUGUAAUACCAGAUGACCCUCAGAUAUUGAUGGAGCAAGGAGAGUUUCUCAACUAUGAUAUAAUGUUAGGAGUUAAUCAAGGGGAAGGGUUAAAAUUUGUUGAAAAUAUAGUAGAUAGUGAUGACGGUAUAUCAGCUAGUGAUUUUGACUUUGCUGUUUCCAAUUUUGUUGAUAAUUUAUAUGGAUAUCCUGAAGGCAAAGAUGUUUUGAGAGAAACCAUUAAAUUCAUGUAUACUGACUGGGCUGACCGUCAUAACCCUGAAACCAGAAGGAAGACAUUAUUGGCUUUGUUUACAGACCAUCAGUGGGUGGCACCAGCUGUAGCUACAGCAGAUCUUCACUCAAACUUUGGUUCACCUACAUAUUUCUAUGCCUUUUACCAUCAUUGCCAAACAGAUCAGGUUCCAGCUUGGGCUGAUGCAGCUCAUGGAGAUGAAGUUCCCUACGUACUAGGAAUCCCCAUGAUUGGACCUACAGAGUUAUUUCCUUGCAAUUUCUCCAAAAAUGAUGUGAUGCUGAGUGCAGUUGUAAUGACAUACUGGACAAAUUUUGCUAAAACUGGUGACCCAAAUCAACCAGUCCCUCAAGACACAAAAUUCAUCCAUACCAAACCCAACCGCUUUGAAGAAGUAGCAUGGACCAGAUAUUCCCAGAAAGAUCAACUUUAUCUCCAUAUUGGAUUAAAACCAAGAGUUAAAGAACAUUAUAGAGCCAAUAAAGUGAACCUCUGGUUGGAGCUGGUACCUCAUCUGCAUAAUCUCAAUGACAUUUCUCAGUAUACCUCGACAACAACUAAAGUGCCAUCAACUGACAUCACUUUCAGACCUACGAGAAAGAAUUCUGUACCUGUCACAUCAGCAUUUCCCACUGCCAAGCAGGAUGAUCCCAAACAACAACCGAGUCCAUUUUCAGUCGAUCAAAGGGACUACUCCACAGAGCUGAGCGUCACUAUUGCAGUUGGAGCAUCACUGCUGUUUCUGAACAUCCUUGCCUUUGCAGCCCUGUACUACAAAAAGGAUAAGAGGAGACAUGACGUUCAUAGGAGAUGCAGCCCUCAGCGUACUACAACCAACGAUCUGACCCACGCACAAGAAGAGGAGAUCAUGUCCCUCCAAAUGAAGCACACUGAUUUGGAUCAUGAAUGUGAGUCCAUCCAUCCACAUGAGGUGGUUCUUCGGACCGCCUGCCCCCCAGAUUACACACUAGCUAUGAGGAGGUCACCUGAUGAUGUUCCCUUAAUGACACCCAACACCAUUACAAUGAUUCCCAAUACUAUACCAGGGAUUCAACCCUUACACACAUUCAAUACAUUUACCGGAGGACAGAACAAUACUCUGCCCCAUCCCCAUCCCCACCCCCAUUCACAUUCAACAACCAGGGUAUAGCCAGAUAAGAGAAACAAACUCUAUUUUUUUGAUGGAUUGCAGUAAAAGAUUACUGAAGAUUCCUUGGCUUUCAACCUACAAGACUCUUACUAUUUAAAUGAGGAGGAAUAUUAUGUGAAUAUACAUAUCAAGAACUUUGGGGGUUUUGAAAAAAUUAAAUUGUACAUAUAUACACAAAUCAACUUUAAAAAUGAAUUUCAAUUGCUUGAAGCAAUUGUUCU